AUGUCCAACAAACUCUUUGGUUCCAAACAACAUCAAUCCUCUCCACCUGCUGCCUUCUUCUACAAGGACCCACAAAACACUGAGAACAUUCCUCCAACCAACAUUCUCAGUCCAACCAAAAGCUCAACCUUCAACACCACUCCGCAAAAAGUCUCAACUCCAAGAAAGAUGCUUGCAAACAUGAAGGCCAAAGUUCUCCGUAAAUCCACUGCCAUUAACUUUGAAAAUGAUGCUACAAGCACUUCAUCAGGAUCAUCCAACGGAGAUGAGCAUGCCAAUCCACAAGUAGUUCUCUCGACACCAAAGAAGGCCGGUGGUGUGAGUGAAUCUUUUGAUGAAGAUUUUGCAGGAGAUGCAAGAGAAGAAAUGGACAGAAAGCCACAAGAAUCUCCAGAGGCUAUUCGUGUUUCCAUGAAUGAAUCUCAACACAAAACUGUUCAAAUUGAAAAGAAGAUUUUGAAAAAGGCACUUCCAAAGCCAUCAUCCACAGAACAGGAUGUUCCUACCUCUCCCUCUGAUACCAACCUUGAAGAGGUUCACAAGGAUCUCUCCUCUCUUUCUGACCAAUUGAAUUCAUGUGUGUUCGAUAAGCAAUUUAGUGACUUUGUCAUUCAAUGUGGACCCUCUCUCUCCACCAAAUACUAUGUUCAUAGAGUGAUUUUGGCCUCUCGUUCCAGUUAUUUCAGAGCCUUGUUGAGCAACACUUCAAGCUCACUCUACACCUCACAACAACGUUACUCCUGGGAACGUGAGGACAUUCAUCCAGAAGUGUUCGGCAAAGUUUUGGAAUACUUGUAUACUGGUCAAGUGAGAUUGCGAUUGGACAAUGUUCUCGACAUUUUUGUUCAAUCAGAAGAAUUCGGUAUUCCAUGCCUCAAGAGAUUGUGUGAAUUGUACCUCAUUGAACAUGGUGACUAUGAGAACAUGGCUCUCUUGUUAGAGAUGGCCAUUGAGAAUAAGGCUCUCGAUCUUGUCAAGCAUUGCUAUCAAUACAUUGAUAAGAAUAUCAAGAUGGUCCUCAAAUCCGACUCGAUCAAGCACGUCAAAGUUAGCACAAUCAUUCAGAUUAUUUCCCGUGAUUCUCUCUCGUUGGAACCUCUUGAAGAAGUAUUGGUCUUUGAGGCUGUUCAAAAGUGGUGCGAUCUCAGAAAGCAUUUGCCAUUCGAAGCCUCUAGCAUUGCCAAGCUCAUUGAACACGUGAGAUAUCCUUUGAUGAGCUCGGAUCAAUUGGCAACUGUGGUUGAGCCAUCCAAUUUGGUUCCUCAACAUCCAUUGUUGUUUGAGGCUUACAAGUACCACUUGGUUCCAGAGAAGAAUAAUCAAGCACCUAGAUUUAGAACAAGAGGAACCAAACAACAAUAA